UAUAGUAGUGUUAUUUUUGUUUCAUAUGUUACAUUGAUUUAUUAUUUAUCUUUUUCUAUAGCUUAUAUUGAUGGUUUUAUCAAUUGCUAACACAAGUUGAUCUUGUUGGAAAUCUUAAAUUUGUGUUCAUGGUGGAAUUUUGAUGCCAUACACUUUAUGAAUGUGGCUAUAACCAAUUUGGUUUAUGUUAGAGUACAGGAGAAUAAACAACCAAUUAACAGGAACUCAAAGGAAUGGUAUUGAUAACCAAAACCAAAGUAACAUCUGUUCUUCUUCUCCCCAAGUGUUCAGCGCCGUUUUGAUUAGGAAACCAAAUCCUAGAUGCUGCCUCUCAUGAGGAGGAGGAACCCUAUAAUUUCCUAGACCAAGAAAAUCCCAAGAAAGGAGCCUGGGACCUAACUAAUUAAACCCUGAAUAACCAUUCAAUAAAAGAAAAAGAAUAACUAGAUAGUAAGAAAACCAGAUUAGCUGUGCUUGCACUCUUCUUUCUCCUAAAAAAGAUCCUAUCCUCCUUCCAAACAGCUUUGAGGACACAAGGCUGAAGUUAGGAAACUGCCCAAGGAUUCUGCCUCAUCCACUUAAGUCACUCGAUUUUCAUUCUUGCCCUUACAAUCAACCCCUGUGAUUACGCAGCAUACACUUUGGCAUGAAAUUUGUCAGUAACGUUCCUUCAGCAAGUCUUCUUCCACGGAGUGAUCACCAAUGAAAAGUUGCGAGACAUGGAAGACCAGAUGCAACUGAGACCAUUCUGGCAAGUGCUAACAAUAAGAUACUGAUUGCAAAUGCUACACCAUCUCAAUUGGGGCCCCUAAUACGUAGUACCAAUUUUGCGCAAGUGCGACUAAACAGGGAGUGCUGCUCAUAGGGUGAAGUUUCUGAAAUUCAUUUUGCCCCACCAUAAACAAAGUAACAAACUGCACGUCACGACGGUGUUUGUUCGACCCCAAAACCAAUUUACAUUGAGCCCGACACUGUAGCUAUAAGGCUGCACAGAGAUAGGUGGACACUUGGUUUAAGGGGUAUCUUGUGGUUCACCCUCUCUGCCAUGGAAGGCUGUUGGAGGAAGCAUCACACAAGGAAACUCUUCCAUUUAAGCAAGUGGCAGGCAGAAUAAAAACAAUGCUGCCAAGCUCAAAAUGUAGCAAUCCACCUCAAAGCAGUUCUCCGAGGUGCAACUUCAGCUUCGGAUAGACUCCAUCAGUGGCAGCUCUUGCGUCCUGUCAAUUGUAUAUUUUUUACGGCCGUUUUUGAAAUAAAACAGUGGCUUACCCCACUAUCCACCAUAACCACCAAUGCUGAUCCUAUCUUCAUCUUCUUAUAUUGGGCCCCAUCAACAACUCUACUACCUGAAUGGCGGAUCCUUGGUGCUUUCCUCAUUUGGUUGAUUUGACUGUUGGAAGAAAUGGAGCGGUUUGUCAAAAAGAUCGUUGAUUUGAUGCGAGAGGAGUCGCUUUUCUCGUGGCAGGGUGGUCCAAUAAUUAUGCUGCAGAUUGAAAAUGAAUAUGGAAAUAUUGAAAGCUCUUAUGGCUCUGAAGGAAAGGACUAUAUGAGAUGGGCUGCUAAAAUGGCAGUUGGACUUGGUGCUGGCGUUCCAUGGGUCAUGUGCAAGCAAGUUGAUGCACCAGAUAAUAUAAUUGAUACAUGCAAUGGAUACUAUUGUGAUGGUUUCAAGCCAAAUUCCAACAACAAGCCAAUUAUUUGGACUGAGGAAUGGGAUGGAUGGUAUACCUGUUGGGGUGACAGAGUUCCCCAUCGCCCUGCACAAGACAUUGCGUUUGCAGUCGCUCGCUUUUACCAACGUGGGGGAAGUUUUCAGAAUUAUUAUAUGUAUUUUGGUGGAACAAACUUUGGCCGAAGUGCAGGAGGGCCAAAUUAUAUAACUAGCUAUGAUUAUGAUGCUCCACUUGAUGAAUAUGGACUUCUUAGGCAGCCUAAAUGGGGACACUUGAAAGAUUUACAUGCUGCCAUAAAGCUUUGCGAGCCUGCUCUUGUUGCUGUUCGUACACCUAAGUAUAUCAAAUUGGGUUCCAAGCAGGAGGCACAUGUCUACCAGGAUAAGGGACAAAAGUGCUCAGCGUUUCUUGCUAAUAUUGAUGAACAUAAUUCUGCUAUAGUAAGAUUCCAGAAACAAGCUUACACUUUACCUCCAUGGUCAGUGAGUAUUUUGCCGGAUUGCAAAAAUGUUGCCUUUAAUACCGCCAAGAUUGGUGUGCAGACUUCAAUUAAGACUGUUGGAGUUGAUUCUACUGCUUAUCCAAAUGACCCUUUGCCUCUUAAAUUGAUGGCACCGUAUGAAGUUGAAUAUAUUUCGAAAACCUGGGAGAUUUUUAAAGAGCCGAUCGGUGUCUGGAGUGCCAGCAACUUCACAUAUCAAGGCAUUCUGGAGCAUUUGAAUGUAACAAAAGACAAGUCAGAUUACUUAUGGUAUACGACCAGAAUAUAUGUUUCUAAUGAGGACAUUCAAUUUUGGGAGGAGAAUCAUCUCAGUCCUGUGCUUACCAUUGAUAGCGUGCGUGAUUUGGUCUAUAUAUUUGUCAAUGGACAAUUUACAGGUAGUGCAAGAGGGGAAUGGAUAAAUGUAACUCAGCCUGUUGACCUGAAUGAAGGAUAUAAUGAUAUCCUGCUGUUAUCUCAAACAGUGGGCUUGCAGAAUUAUGGUGCUUUUCUUGAGAAGGAUGGUGCAGGUUUCCGGGGUCAAAUAAAGCUAUCUGGGUUUAAAAAUGGAGAUCUUGUUAUUACUGAAUCUAAAUGGACUUAUCAGGUUGGGCUAAAGGGAGAGUACUUAAAAAUAUACGCCAUUGAUGAAAAGCGAACUGUAGAAUGGUCUGAAUUGCCACCUGAUGUGACUGCAACCAGAUUUUCCUGGUACAAGACAUAUUUUGAUGUCCCUGGUGGAGCAGAUCCCAUUGCCAUCGAUUUGAGUAGUCUGGGGAAGGGUCAGGUAUGGGUCAAUGGCCACCACAUUGGAAGGUAUUGGACGUUAUAUGCUCCCAAAGAUGGAUGUCAAACAUGCGAUUAUCGUGGUGCUUACGAUUCCAACAAGUGUUUAACAAACUGCGGGGAACCUACUCAAUCUUGGUAUCACAUACCGCGAUCAUGGGUUCAGGCUUCAAAUAAUCUUCUUAUCAUCUUUGAGGAGACAGAAAAGACCCCCUUCGAGAUUUCCAUCAAAGCGCAUUACACAGAAACCAUCUGUGGAAAGGUCUCAGAGGAUCAUUCCCCUCCCCUACAUGCCUGGUCUCUACCAGAGACCAUAAAUGGAACUGUUUUACUGAAUCAUAUGGCACCUGAAUUGUACUUGCACUGCGAUGCUGGAAACACAAUAUCCUCUAUAAAGUUUGCAAGCUAUGGAACUCCUCAAGGCAGCUGCCAAAAUUUUUCUAGAGGCGAUUGCCACGCACCCAAUUCAUAUGCGGUUCUCUCUCAGGCUUGUUUGGGAAGACAAAAUUGUUGGAUAAAUAUAUCAAACGACGCAUUUGGAGGAGAUCCUUGCCAUGGUGUUGUCAAGACUUUAUCCGUUGAAAUGAAAUGCUCACCAUCUUCCUCUCUAAUGUGAUCCGCCACCUCUUCGACUUCAUAUCUCAACUAUUGACAAAUUGAUAGCACCAUCAUGAAAAUAGCUUUCUAGUGAUACCCAUAUAUUGUGUAUUGAGAGGAGUUUAUUUACAUUUUACAUUAAUUAAAAGGCUAGUUUAGGACU